UUAAAUUUGAAUUACAUUUUGUUUUACAAAUAGUUUGCUGCUUUGACCCAUUAAUUGCCUAUUUAUUUAAUUGAUUUCCGCAGUUUGAAAAAGCAAACUUUAUUCUUUGACAUAAUUUAAUUGUUUAUUGAUGAAGCGCAUACAAAUUAACCAUAAUGAGUUGAGCUCAAAGUAUACACUUUAGUUCCAAGUCCACAACAAAUUAAGCUAAUGUUGUGCAUCGAUUAAGUACGCGCUUGAACAAAUUACGAUUGUUAAUAUAAAUGAAGAACUAGCAAAGUUCGUUUUUUUAGCACACAUAACUUAGUGCUAAAAAUCAUAAUAUAAUAUGUAUGAUAGUGUAGACAAUUGGUAAGCCAUUUUCUUUAUGCAUGUGGCAACACACUACAAACUUCACACUCAAAUUAAAAUUAUAAAUUCAAUAAUUUAGUCACAAUUUUGCAUUUGCUUUCAAAUUUCACAAAAAAUCUUGCCUAGAUUAUUAAUUUUUCAACACAUUUCUGUGUAAUAACUCCAAACUGCUACGCGUGCCUAGUCAUCAGUCAAACGCUGCAUUCGUUUCAGUUGCAUUUGCUAUCUUAAAAACAUGAAAAAUAAGUCAUCACUCUACCAUAAAAUUGUUGAAGUGUCAAUAUACACGCCUAGUAAAUAGCUUAAUAGUACAAAACACAUUACCGUUAUACAUAUAGGUGUGUAAAUAUUUAAAUUUGAAAAACUGCGCAGUACACACUACAUUUGCAAUUAAUAUCGGCACAGUACGAGUAUAUAGCUACAUACAUUAUGGUUAAACUCCAAAAAAUAUGUUAAUUAAAUUAACUGCCAUAUAUGUUUAAGUAAACGUUUUGCAUGCCAUAUUAUUAUGAGUUUAUUGAACGCAGCAAAACAAAGUGCGCGCAUUAUUAACAUAACCGAAAACAAAAUAUAAUAUAUAAUAUUUACAUGUGUAUAUAUAUAUGCGGCACUAAUCAAAUCAUAAAAUUUAGAGCUCUACGCGCUUUUUAAUAAGCUUUUUAUUUUAAUUUUUGUGCUCAUUAAAUAAGCCUUAUAAAACAUUUUGCAAAUACUUUUAAAUAAUACUAAUUUUUGAAUUAUUUUUAAUUUUUUUUUUUGUUAACUGAUAAGAAUUAUACUUUGACUGGUAAUUUCAUAUACAAAAAUUAGUUACUUAUUAAUUGCAAGAAACUGUUUCACCAUACUCUUUCAUAUAGCCAAUGUUAUGCUUAUCAAUUUCGUAUUUUUUUGGUUAUUAUCAGUAUUAAAGAACUGUUGGCUUAUAAGUCUUAACGCACGUACUACAUAUACAUUUUACAUAUAUUUAUUUACUUUGCCAUAAAGGUGGUAAAGUGCUUUAUUUACACCUACACUGGCCCAAUUAUACAGCGAUAACCGUAUAAAAGUUUCGACUUUGUACCCCGUUAACUUUCUCAAGUAGGCUUGUACUUUUAUCGCUACAGUGAUAGCAAAAAGUCAAUUACAAACCUAGAAACAUGUACGCCAACUACUAAUUGCGUCGAUUAUGUGUUUACCUGUACAGUUCAAAACAAUAGCAUUAAUCAUAUUUAACGGAUUAAUCAACAUUUAAUUAAGUCAAUUACCUAACCAAACAACAAUAAAAAGCAAGAAAUAAAAAGGUGUCAUAAAUAUUUGAAAAACAUAGUGCUAGAUUACAAUUAUAUGGACUGUUUUUUUCGCUAAUCCACUCAUUUAAUUUUCUUAAUAACACCGUAUUAUUAAUACGUGUGGUAGUAAUCGAUUUUUCUUGAAAUCCAAUCAGCCAUUAACUGUUUAAUUACGACGAAUGUGCGCUUAAGCAGGUAGUUUGUUUAUCACUUUUAGCCAUAUAAAAAACAAUUGGACACCUGCGACUUUCAUAAUACGACACUUAAUCCAAAUUGAAUUGUGCAUUUAUGAUUUUUGUGAUUCACAGUUCGAAUUGUUACAAGAUUUAUGGUACGCAAUGGUUCUUGAACUUUGCGCAACGCCAUUUGGUCAUGGUGCAGUCGUAUUUCAUUUUAAAUGUCACAAUACUUUUGUCAUAUUUUAUUUGGAGCUAUGACUAGGUUAUCUCUCUCUCUCAGCGGAAGCUGAAGAAUUAUUUUGGAAAUGGAAGUCUGCAAGGCACUCGACAUUGUCUGUGAGAUGGAAUAUUUCGGCCUCGAAUACUGGACGCCCAACCAGGAGGAGUCACGCACACGCCAAUGGAUCAAUCUGCGCAAUCGGCUGUCGUGCGACAACAGCAGCAGCAGCAUACACCUAAUGCUCGCGCUGCGCGUUAAAUUCUGGGUACCCGUACACUGUCUACUGCAAGAGAGCGUACGCAACGUUUUCUAUAUGCAAGCACGUUCCGACCUCUUGGAGAAGCGGCUGCACGCACGUGACUGGAACAAUGCGGCCAAAUUGGCAGCGUUGCUCUGUCAAGCCGACGGCAUACACUUCAAUCCGUUGGCGGUGAAAGCCAAAUGUCCCACACAAAUGCGACGCCGUAGCGCUGGUGAUGUUGCGCAACAACAACAAUGUCAACACAAGAGCGGCAAAGACAAAGAACAUGUUUUGUCAUUCAAGAAGCGACGCCUUUCAAAACAAAAGUCCACCGAAAACAUACAUAAUUCACAUCUACCCACCGCCGCAACCGUUGUUGCCGAUGAGGGUUUAACGACAUUGACCGCGAGCAUGAAAUGUGCCAACGCACUCUCACAAUCGGCCACAGCAACGGCAACAACAACACAACAGUCAUGCGAUAGUGACUCGAGCGAAGACAAAGCCGCCGUGGCAUCAGCAUCACCACUUUAUGUUUAUCAAAAUUAUAUCGUAUAUCCGGCGUCUGUCGAUGGUGUUGACACCGAUAUGCCGGAAGAUUACUACAAUCGCAUCGCCAUGGAGCAUGGCAAGUUGGCGACAUUGAAAAUGACAACAAAAUCAGCAAAAUAUUGGCUCUUGAAGCAAAUACAGGAUCUCGAAGGUUAUGGUGAGGAGGUAUUCAGCGGCGUGACAGCGCACGAGAAUUCGGUGCGUUGUGAUGUCUCAGUUGGUACGAAUGCGAUCACGACCUGCGUGGGAGACGAAAAGAAUGUCAUCCCGUUCAGCGCAAUCGCCUCAGCGAAAUCAUUCCGUCGCACUUUCAAAUUGGAAUAUGUCGGCGAUUGCAAUGAUCGUCGUGAACUCGAAAUCAAAUUGCCAAAACACUCAAUGGCCGCCGGUCUCUAUCGCUCCAUAACGGAGCGACACGCCUUCUAUGUCUGUGAUAAAGUACGCGGUGUGGUUACCAAUCAAUUUACACGCGAUCUCAAGGGUACAAUCGCCUCAAUGUUCAAAGAGGACACCGAAUUGGGUAAACGUUAUGUCUUCGACAUACAGCGCACCUGUCGCGAGGUGCACGAUCAGGCGCGUCGUAUACUGCAUGAAAAGGGUAUCGAAGCUUUGAAUAACAACACCGCUGGUGGUGAAGAUCUCUUUGAGAAUAUGCUCAGCGGCGCCACAAAGACGUUGAGCGCGAGCUCAUUGCAUCCCGGUGUUGAUGAAGAGGCUGCGCCUUCGCUUAUUGAUAUUAGCGCUGUCACCGAUAAAUUAGACAUGGCGCUGCGUGCGAAAGAGAAACGCGAUGCGGCAAUUGCGCGUUGCGUGGAGACACGCAUCUCCGAAGCGAUGACCUGCAAAAUCUGUAUGGAUCGUGAAAUCAAUACAAUGUUUAAUCCCUGUUCUCAUGUCACCACCUGUGCAGAGUGUGCGGCGAGAUGCAUACAUUGUCCCAAUUGUCGUGUAAAAGUGACGAGCACUACGCGCGUAUAUCUACCGCCAGAGCUGCGCAUAAGCAUCGCCACGCCAACCGCCGCCACCACCAGCUGUGUCGCUGCACAUUAGUCGUUUGCAUUAUUUCCAUUGCAUUUCUCUGCAUCGAAUGGCGUUUGUGUACAUGCGCGCUGUACUUUAUUUGCAGUAUACAGAAACAAAAAACAAAAAAAAAAAAACUCGAAACUGUGCUAAACGCGUCAACGAUGAGUUUUUAAGCUUUACUGUGUAUAAAUGUAUUGUGAAUCAUAAAUAUUUAUAAGCGAACCUAAAGUAAUUAUUUAACUGUUUUAUUUUUAUUUUAUUAUUUAAACAUUUAUGCAAUUGUUACUAAUUUCACUGUUAAGUUAAAAGUAGAUUUACACAAACAAAGUAACUGUAAUUAAUUAAGACUUCGAAUUAUUUUAGUUUAGUUUGUUGCCAAUGCAUCCAUAUUUAAAAAAAAAAAAGUAUUUUUACAAAUAUUUAUGUUUACUUAGUGUGUGCUUAAAAGCCGUACAUUGAAAAAAGUAUUUAAAUCAUUAACCUUUAUCAAGUUUGUUGUAUACAUUAUAAAAAAUAUUUGAGAAAAAAUUGCAAUAUUUUCACUUUUAAAUUUAUGAAGAAAUAAUAUUUGUCUGUACGUUUUUCCUAAAGCAUUUAAACAUAAUUAUAAAAGUAUAAUAUUAAGUUAAUUCGAAUUUCCAAAUUAUUCGCCAUUUGCGGAGUUAUCCGUUGUAUUUUUUUGUUUAACCUAAAGCAUUUCGACUAUUUUCGAAAAUAUAAAAAAGUAUAUUAAAAAAUAUUGUCUAUAUAAUUAUACCAGCAAUCGUGCCUUUAUCGGUUUUUCCGUUUUAUUUUUGAAAACUUAAAAUUAAAAACUUGCUUGUCUUUUGAGAAAAAAAACGUGCAAUAUAAACAUGUUAUAAAAUUAGUUGUAAUAUUUUGUAUUAUUGACGACGAAUAUUCUGUGAAAGCGGAAAGAAAAAUUUAAAACAAAAAUUAAAUUAAAUAAAAAAAGAAAUAAAAAGAAAAUUAUAAGUAUAAGAAAAUUAUAAAAAAAAUCAUGACUUUCAAUGCUAAUUAGAUGAAAAAUAUAAAAAUAUUGAAUUAAAAAUCUAUAGCUCUUCUCAAGACAGACCUACUUAAUAGGAACAGAUUAGGAUUUCUUUUUAGCCAAGAACUGUCAACUCGGCAGUAUACUCAAAACUGUUUGUAGAAUGUUUUCGGCAGCUACAAUAAAAGCACUGGUUCUAAAGCCUUCUAUUGUUAGCUUUUUUAAUUAUUUUUAUUAAAUGCGAAACAUGUUUGAGGCCAAACUAAAGUGGGAACACAAUUUCUCAAACAUAAAAUUAUACGUUACACGAAACUAUUCCCUUAUCAAACCACUUAUGCCCCGUGGCAACGUUACUUAUUAAAAUUCCUCCAAAAUUAAAAAAUAUCAAAUUAUUUCCUAAAACGGAUGUGGCAACGCUCGCUACCAAUCGGAAAAAAUGCAACAAAUGUCAGGCAAUAGCAAACAAUUGGUUGACAGUUCUGUUCAAAAUGGACGCAAUAUCUUUGUGUUCCCAUUCUCAGAUCGCGUGAGCAGAAGUGAUAAGUUUUUGCAAUUUACUUUUUCCUAAUAAAAAAGUGGAGUGUGAAAACUGAAAAAAUGCUAAUAAAUUUAAAUUUGUGAUAUACUACAAGUAAAUGGAACGAAAGUGGUUAAAUAAACAAAGAGUUUACGCAAAAUUUCGUCCAAAGUAGUGAGAAACUUGCAAUACAAAUCAACUGAAACUGUCUUAUGGAAUUUUGUAAUACACCAAUUGCGAGUUUUCUUUGUGACCUCACUUUUUGCGUUUUGGCGUUUGUGUGCGUUUAGCACACGCUAGCUGAGCAUAUUGUGCUGUCGUCGAUUGCCAAAACGUUGUUUGUAUCAAAUUUUCUUUGCAAGUAUUAUUAAAACUGAAAACGCAACAUAGAAAUUCUCCAGCAAGAGCGGUCGAAAAGUUAGCAAUAGCAGCUAGAAGUCAAUGUUUGAUGUGCGGGUGUUUGUGUGUAGGUCAAUCCUAAACGAGCGACCGACUGGCUGACUGGCUGGCUGGCUGGACACGAAAAACCGAAAACGCAGCAAGAAAACAAGACCAGAAAAGAAAGAAGGUACAAACGAUCGGAAAUUGAGCUAGUGACAAUUUGGCAGUUUUUUUGUUUUACACCAGCUUUUACUUUUUUCGUUUUUUUUUUUGUUGGAAAUUGUGAUGGAUUAGUUAAAUAAUGCAAUACGUAGAUUUGCAAAGUUUUUCCACGUAUUGCCAACUUGUGAAUGAAGACUCGAUAAACAGUUCAGUGUUAAUUAAAAAGUAUGGUAAUGUGUAAUGCAAAGUAUGUAUAAUUAUUGUAGAAAGAGCUAAAAGUUUAUACUACAACAAAAAAAUGUAUAAAUUUGCAGUAAAAGUACUAAAAAACUACAAAGAAACCAAUUUUGAAAGUGCCUACAAACAAGGACAAAUUUUUAUUCCUUUGAAAACACAAAUCAAGUGAUAAAUGCGGAUUAUCGGUUAGCGUUCUGUCCGCUAAAACUAGUUUAUUAUUACAAAAAUAUACGCCUUAACGAUUUUAAAUUUCAUUUACCGUCUAAACGCAUUGAAUUAUUAUAUGCAUUGUCAUCAUUU